AAAUGCCGCUUCCACCUGGACAGCUAGAGUUGCCAACUGUUCCGUAAAAUACGGAUUUGUUACGUAUUUGGUUUAUAAAAUCCGUAUUCCGUAUUAAGUACGCACGGAACGCACAUUGUUCCGUAUUUCUGCCAUAGACGGGGCUAUCUUUGUUUCUGCCGAUGGGGUAGCCUGGUAGCCUACAUGGUAGCCUAUUAAAAUUACACAUUUAUCUGUAAGAGCCUAGGACAAAUAAAUACCUCCUCUCUGAGUCGGCCAGCCAGCCAGGCCUCUGUCUACUGUCACACACACCAUCAAACCAAAAUGCGCUAUUUUAAUUGGCCGUCAUUUACCUCGAGCAACGGAGAGGAAGCUAUGAUGAUGGAAGAUUCACAAGCAUGGCAGAAAACGAAGAACGAGAUGUGCGGGCGAAGAAACGAAGAUUACAAAAAUAUAGAAAAGAAUGGGAAAGGGAAUAUUCAUGGGUAGAGUGUGUACGAGGUAAUGAUUUUAAGGCAAACUGCACAGUGUGCCGCCGUGUGUUCACCAUUGGACACGGCGGAGUUUGUGACCUUAAGCAGCACGCAUCCGGCGAAAGUCAUAAGAGGAACGAGAGAGCGCGGAGGACUCAGGCAGAUCAAGUCCUUUCAAAGUUUCUGGUGCGUCAGGCAUCACCAGAAGCAGAUUUGGUGACUGCUGCUGAGGUAGCACAUGUCUAUCAUACAGUGAAGCACAGUAUAAGUUACAACAGCUCUGACUGUGCACUUAAGCUCUGUCAACGAACACUGAAUGAUUCCAACAUCGUCAAGAAGAUGUCUUGUGGGAGGACAAAAGCUGAGGCGCUGGUCACUGAUGUCCUUGCUCCAAAGGCAGUAGAGGAGGUGAUCAAGAAACUAAAAAUGCCUCAGAAUCCUCUGCCAUUCUCUAUACAAACUGAUGCCUCUAAUAAAGGCAAUCGCAAGAUGUUCCCCUUGGCUGUGCAAUUUUUCAGGGCAGACACUGGGAUCACCCACAAAUUGGUUGACUUUGUUGAAAGUGCCGAUGAAUCUGCUAAUGGAAUACUGUCCACAAUUCAACGUUCACUUGAAAAUCUAGGUCUUUCAUUAGACAAUGUCUCUGCAUUUAGUGCAGACAAUACAAAUGUCAAUUAUGGCAUCCACAAUUCCGUAUAUUCCAAACUGAAACAGUGCAAUGCUAACAUUUUACGAGGCAAUUGCCAUGCACACAUUGUGCACAACACAGUAAAGCAUGCCUUGGAUAAGCUCUCCAUUGACAUAGAAAACAUUGUCCUUAAAGUGUAUAGCUUUUUUUCCAUAUCGGCAAAGAGGAGAGAGUCACUGAAGGACUUUUGUGAAUUCUGUGAUGUUGAGUUUCAUGAUAUCUUGCGACAUGUGGUGACUAGAUGGCUGUCUCUCAACCCUGCAGUCACCCGUCUUCUCCAGAACUGGAUUCCUCUCAAGUCCUAUCUCGUCAGUAUUGGUGGAGAUUGUCCAAGACACCUCAGAACACUACUGAGAUUAGCAGAAGAUGCUGAUGAAGUUAAAGAGGAUGACCCUGACAUCGUGGAGGUGUAUCUCCUCUUCUGCAACAACAUCCUCUCUGUCUUUGAGGCGGUGGUUAAAAAGCUGGAGAGUAAUGAUACCACAUCAGUUGAGCUCUAUGCCAUCAUGUUGUCCUUUCUCAGACAGCUGGCUAAGAGAAGAGAUGAUGAAUUCUAUGGCUACCUGACAAGACAAAAGCUGCAGCAGCUCUCACCAUCUGAUGCAGAUGUGGCCAGAGAGGAGUUCACAGCCUUCCUCAACACAGCCAUAUCCUACAUAGAGAAGUGGUUUGAUUUUUCACAGGAUAACUGGCUCUUUCACAUUCAGCCCCUCUCUCUGUCAUCUGGCAGCAUCUCCUAUGAUGACAUGGUUAAGGUCUCUGAACGGCUUCACCUGAUUGGCAGGAUCAACAUGGAUGCACUCUAUGAUGAGUGUGUUACUGCCAACUCUGUUCUUGAGCAUCUCACAAAGCAUGAGGACUGGGUGUCCAAGGGAACAGCUGAGCGAUGGAUGGCAGUUCUCCAGCAAGUGGAAAUUCCAAACAUCCUGGCAGUUGUGUCCUUUGUACUAAGCAUCCCAUCUUCAACUGGCUAUGUGGAAAGGGUCUUCUCCUUAAUGAAGAAUAAAUGGUCUGACGUGCGUAACAGAUGUUCAGUUGAACUAAUGAAGAGUGAGCUGAUGAUCACUCUGAAUUAUGAAUUGUCUUGCACAGAUUUUUACACUGCAGUGGUGAAGGAUAAACAACUACUUGCUACAGCAAGAGAUCAAAGAAAGUACAAGUGGAAAAAAUAGGCUUUAUGGAAGUAUAUGUGCAGUGGUACUCAAAUAGCAAAUAGCCAACAGUAAAAUAGUAAUUAAGUGUCCAAAAAAACAACAAUGUCCAACCUUGAUGUUAAAAAAAAGUCAAGCUCAAAUGCAUUUUUUUUUAUUUCAUGUCUUAUGGCCAACACAAAACUGCACAGAUCAUUUAGUUUACCUUUGCAGAAUGCAUUAUCUGUCAGUUGUUUUGUCAGUUUGCUGUUUAAGGAGACAUGGAAUGCUAUUAUUGUACCUUAUUCUCUGGUAAUGCAAUGUUCAGCCUUGAUGGUAAAAAAUGUAAGCUCAAAAGCAACUUUCUGAUUUAAUUUCAUUUCAUAUGGCCAACACAGAUCUCUAUUAGGUAACGGAAUGUGUUCAUCCUUU